AUGGCGCAAUCACAGGCAUUAUUGAGGACACUUAGACCUUUUUCUUCUAAGCUUUUUUUCUUGCACUGUGGAGACUGUAAUCUCAAAAUUGUACAUGUACGGGUUAGAACGUCCGACAAAUAUCGAAUGGUCUAUUCAGACUACCAACGAUUAGAAUUGGAAAAGGAGUUCUGUACCAGUACAUUUGUCACAUCAGAACGAAAGGCUGAGCUAUCAUCGUUGUUAAAUUUGACUGAACGUCAAAUCAAAAUCUGGUUUCAAAAUCGGUAA